ACUCGCUUGAAUAUAUGCUUUCGUAUAUCAAUCAAACCGUCUUGUAAAGUUGUUUAAAUCUCGAACUUGUUCCUCCUCCGCAUCUCUUCAACGUCGCGGGAAGUUCUGUUCAUCACCGGCUGAGAAGAAGAUGCUAAGUUCUACGCAGAUACUGCCUCUCGACGCUCCUCCUACCGACGGGAACCUCGGUCCUCUCCCUCCUUCUCAGCUAACCGAUCAAGAAAUCGAAGAGAGAGCUCUGCAAUCAGAGCAAAACAGUUCGAAUCAAGCUCCAGAAUCUGUAGCGACUCACACGAGGACGAUCGGCAUCAUCCACCCGCCUCCAGAUAUCAGAAGCAUCGUCGAGAAAACGGCACUUUAUGUCUCCAAGAACGGGUUGGAUUUUGAGAAGAGGAUUAUAGCUAGCAAUGCCAAGAAGGAGAAAUUCAACUUUCUGACCAGCUCGGAUCCUUAUCAUGCGUUUUACCAGCACAAGCUCGCGGAGUACCGUGCUCAGAACGAAGAUGGAGCUACGUGUACGGAUACAGAUGGUGCAGAUCUUAAACUUGAUUCUGGUGGUGAUGAAGGUGAAGUAGGUGAGGCACAGCUUGACCUUCAGGCUCAGUUUCGGGUUCCUCCGAAGCCUCUUGAACCUCCUGAGCCUGAGAAGUAUACAGUUAGGCUUCCGGAAGGGAUCACAGGAGAGGAGCUUGAGUACAUUAAGCUCACAGCGCAGUUCGUGGCGCGGAACGGGAAGUCGUUCUUGACUGGGCUGCAGAGUAGAGAGAGUAACAAUCCUCAGUUUUACUUUAUGAAGCCGACUCAUAGCAUGUUCCCUUUGUUCACGUCUCUGGUUGAUGCGUAUUUCGAUGUGUUGAAGCCUCCGGAGGAUUUGAAAGAUAAGCUGAGGAAGAGCGCCGCUGAUUUGACGACGGUUCUUGAGCGUUGUUUGCAUCGUCUUGAGUGGGAUCGUUCUCAGGAGCAGCAGAGAAAGAAAGAAGAGGACGAGAAGGAGCAGGAGAGAGUGCAGAUGGCUAUGAUUGAUUGGCAUGAUUUCGUGGUUGUAGAGUCGAUUGAUUUUGCUGAUGACGAGGACGAAGAGUUGCCGCCGCCUAUGACGCUUGAGGAAGUUAUAAGGAGGAGCAAAGUAUCAUCAGCAGCGAUGGAGGAAGAUGAAGUUGUGGAGCCUGGAAAGGAAGUGGAGAUGGAAAUGGAUGAAGAAGAGAUGAAGCUUGUUGCGGAUGGAAUGAGAGCAGCGAACCUGGAAGAUAAUGGUGGCUAUGUAAUGAUUGAAAAUAUGAACGAAGAAGCGCCUAUGAGAAUUGUUAAGAACUGGAAGAGGCCAGAAGAUAGGAUACCGACAGAGAGAGAUCCUACUAAAGUUGUUAUAUCUCCAAUUACUGGCGAGCUGAUUCCCAUCAACGAGAUGUCUGAGCACAUGCGGAUUUCGCUUAUUGAUCCCAAGUUCAAGGAGCAGAAGGACCGUAUGUUUGCUAAGAUUCGGGAGACCACUCUUGCACAAGAUGAUGAGAUUGCUAAAAACAUAGUCGGGCUUGCUCGUCUGCGUCCUGAUAUUUUUGGGACAACUGAAGAAGAAGUCUCAAAUGCUGUAAAAGCAGAGAUUGAGAAGAAGAAAGAUGAUCAGCCAACGCAAGUUAUAUGGGAUGGUCACACAGCAAGUAUAGGUCGCACAGCAAACCAAGCUUUGGCUCAGAAUGCUAAUGGAGAGGAGCAAGGUAAUGGCGUUUAUGGAGAUCCCAAUAGCUUCCCUGGUCCAGCUGCUCUUCCUCCUCCUCGACAAGGCGUCCCAAUAGUCCGGCCAUUGCCACCACCUCCUAAUCUCGCCUUGAACCUUCCUCGCCCUUCUCCUUCUGUUCAGUAUCCCGGUCCACCGAGGCCAUUAGGUGUUCCAAUGAUGCAAGCCAUGCAUCCACAACACCAGCUCUCGAUGCCUGGACAUCCUGGACACCCGUCGAUGAUGAUGAACCGACCACCACAAAUGCAGCCUGGUGGUAUGCAUGUGCCGCCUCCACCGGGAUCACAAUUUGCUCAUCUUCAAGUUCCGAGACCUUAUGGUCAGCUUCCACCACCUCCUAUAGGGAUGAUGCAACCACCACCUAUGCAUGGGAUGCCUCCUCCUCCUCCCCCCCCUGGGGAGGCACUACCGCCUCUUCCUGAGGAGCCGGAGCCAAAGAGACAAAAGUUCGACGAGUCAGCUCUUGUUCCUGAAGAACAAUUUCUUGCUCAGCAUCCGGGUUCUGCUACGAUCCGUGUCUCUGUUCCAAAUGUGGAUGAAGGGCAGGUCAUUGAGAUCACAGUGCAGUCAUUAUCCGAAAACGUAGGAAGUUUGAAGGAGAAAAUAGCUGGUGAAACACAGAUUCCAGCAAACAAACAGAAGUUAAGUGGCAAAGCUGGGUUCUUAAAGGACAACAUGUCACUUGCACAUUACAAUGUUGGAGCAGGAGAAAUCUUAACACUGUCUUUGAGAGAACGUGGUGGGAGAAAGAGAUAAAAGAGUCAGCUGGUGGAUGCAGGGAAAUGCUUUUUAAUCUCUUAAUUCUCUUUAGAUGUUUAAUAUUUGGUGGCCAAAACAUUAUAUCACGUCUUUACUCUUUUGCCCAUCAUAUCUACUAUCUAUGGAAGUUUUAAACUGAAGAAGGAUUCUUACUGACUUAUGUUUGUUUUGGAUUUGCAGCUUGUUCUGAGGCAACGUUUUGGAUCUGUAUUUUGAACUCCUCUUUAUUAUCUGAUACUUUGUUUUGUCUUUAUGUGGAUCAUAUAUGGUUAAGCUUAUUUUAAUUGCAGUAUGGUUUAUCUCCUUUUUUUUUUGUUUUUUUGAACCACUGUAUGGUUUAUCUUCUCUGUAGGUACAAUAUGAGGAUGCUGCUUUGCUUUUUAUUUCUCCACGGGGUCGCCAUGGUAACAGGUACACAACUACAAUAUAGUCAAGAUGUUGAAACAUUGGGAAGUGAGAACCUUCUAUAGGCUUUCUUGUUGGAUUGUAAAUCAAAACUCCAGGGCCAGCAAGAGAAACCAUUUGUCCGAGGCAUCUCUACAAAUGAUGUAGACUAUCUAUAGCAAGAACCAAAAUACACAAAGAAGUAGCUCAAAGCACAGUCUUAAGGAAAUUAAAACGACACAUAGGAGAUAACCUUGAUCUGGUGCACAUCCACGGAGAAUAAGCUCUCAAGGAGAAGAGCAGAGAGAACAAACGCCAGGAUCAUUUCAUUUAUUGAUCCAUUAGGAAGGUAGGAAGAUCGUAGUUUCUCACUGUCACUAACCUUGAAGUAUUCGUGCAGCAUAAAACGAUGCACGUUGUGUGUUAAUGAAUGUACGGUUUCUUCAUUAAAACUACGCACGAUCUGACAUGUCUGGUUUCAUGCAAACAUCGUUUUUCUUCGGACACAUGGCUUGCAUUUGCUACGGAUUCUUCUUACUGCUCGGGACUGUCGGCUUCUGCGCUGCACUUUUCUUCGUUCGUCACAUUUACAGGUCAAUCAAAUGCGAGUAAGAGGUUUUAUCUUCUUACGUUGGUUCUCGUCUUCUUCUUCUGCCUCCUUAAGAAUUUUUUGCUAGAACAAAGAAAAGAUAAAAGAGAUAGGUUGUUAGAAAGAAGAGAGACACAAUGACAAUGUCUGAUUAUUUCUGAAAGCAUUUCCUCUCAUUAUUAGAGGUUUUACUUUAGAUGAAUCUCUCUCUCUCUUCUUCUCUCGUUAUUUUGGGCUACAAAAGUUAAAAUGACAUGUAUCCUUUUCUAUAUAAUUUUUAUGGAUUGUAAAAGAUGAUCAUACUCAUACCUUUGGACUGUUUUUUUGUAUGUAAUAAAUGUCAGUGCUCUUAUCUUUCCCUUUUGAUAUCUUCGGGUCUCUGGCACUGUGCUGCGCAAUAGAAUAUAGAGAAAUUACCUAGAAUGACACAUAUUUUACUUGUAAUGACUAAACUAAUCUAUAUUAUUUUACAAUUACUAGAAUAACUUCCAUAGAUGGUCAAAAUACAUAAAUAUCCUUGUAAUUUCAUUCUCUAUUCCAAAAAAUUAAAAGCAUUAUAUCUUAAAAAACCUAAAAACAUGGUCUCCUCACUCCCGUCUCUCCGUUUCAGUCUCUCAGAUCUGAUGUCUUUCUGGCGGCGGUGCUCUUACCUGUUCUUUGAGAAGGCCUCUAUGAGUCCUAUUUACUUUUGAUCGAUCUUCUGUAGUUUUAAGGUCUUCGUCUGUACUGGAAAGUGAUGGAACUUCUCUCAAUGGUGAUAUGGUGUGGUUGAGCGAUGGUUGGUUUCUGCCUUGUUACCAGUGAGGUCGAGUUCAUCGUAAGGGCGUGAUCUGUCCGUCUGUGUGCGAUGGUGAAUCUAACUGUCCGGUGGGGGUUUGACUCCGGCUUGGUGGUUCCUUGUCCAGAGGCGGCCUCUGCUUCAUCACUUAGUUGGAUUUGUCUUUGAUUGGCGUAUCCUGCAUCAAUGUUGAAGAUCUGGGUGGAGGGACCAGUCGCUUGCCGCAGUUCCAGUUCGACUUGGUCGUAAGUUUAUCCCUUGCUCAGCUUGGCUUUGUAGUUUUGUGUGUACUGCAACAUUGGUAGUCUAUUACUAGUUUCUUAGUUUUAUGUGUUCCGCAAAUUUAGUUUAUUAGCAUUUACAGUUUGAGUUAGUUUAGUCAUGUUACUCACUAUCAAUUUAGUCAUGAUAGUAACUCACUUCGAUAAAAAAGAAAGAAAGAUAGUAACUCACUUAAUCAUUAUGUGUUCUACAACUUAAGUAUAUAUGUAGAAACAGUUUCCCUUAAUCUAAUUUAUAAGGUACACUAAUUGUGGUUCUCAUGCUAAUAUCUUGUUCUUUCUCAGUUCACUUCGGGCUUUUCAUAUUUUUGGCUUCUUUUAGAAAAAGAAUGUUGUCGGCAUUGCAAAACUAUAUUUUAUCUCCUAAAAUGUAGAAGAAAAGUAAGAAGCAGUUCAGGGUGCAAAGACAGAAGAACAUAUCGCAAGAUUUGACCUUGGAGACCGUGGGUUUGUACACUUUAAAUAUUUUGCUGUUUACCAAUUGGAUGCAGGUUUAAGUUAACGGCUUGAACGACGAGAUAUUAUUCCGGUUCUACAUCUGAAUAUUGCUGUAGAAAUCUACGAAGAGGUUUCUGAAGUUUGCUAAGUAAUAUGCAUGUUGUUUUAAAUUGCUUAUGCAGUAUUUUGUUUUUUUUUGGUAUUGGAUGUACAAGUAGUCCAAUACGCAGGCUGAUGUUCUUUUAGUCGGAUUAUUAUAUAUGCCAGUCAUGAGUUUGUUACUCCAAACUUUUAUAGUUUCAUCAACAAUUUCAUACAGAUUUUUUA